UGAAUCUUUAAACGGAAAGCCUUGGCGUAUUGAUGAGAAUGGACUAAAAUGGUGGUAUGGUACAGUAAAGGCAAAACAAUGUUGCUUGCGCUGGCAGCAAGUCAGCGACUUUUUUGUCAGCGUCGCAGCUUUACAACGAUUAACAUCGCCAGGAGUGCUGCUUUGGACAGUGCACUUUCUACAUUCAGGACAAUAUGUGGCGAGGAUGGGGUGUCGCUGGGAACUGCUGUCAGAGAGCAACACGGCAAAGAUGAAUCUGUGCACAGAUGUCGUCCACCAGAUGUGGUGGUUUUUCCACAUUGUGUGGAGGAGGUCAGUGCUCUGGCGAAAGUCUGCCAUGAAAAGCGCCUGCCCAUCAUCCCGUUUGGUACUGGAACUGGCCUGGAGGGAGGGGUUGGAGCAGUCAAGGGCGGUGUGUGCUUCAGCCUCAGGAAUAUGGACCACAUUUUGGAUCUCCACCAGGAAGAUUUUGAUGUGACCGUAGAGCCUGGUGUGACUCGAAAAGCCCUCAAUGCCCAUCUGCGAGACACUGGACUGUGGUUUCCUGUUGAUCCUGGAGCUGAUGCUUCACUUUGUGGGAUGGCAGCUUGUAGUGCAUCUGGUACCAAUGCAGUGCGAUAUGGAACCAUGAGAGAAAAUGUUAUAAACCUGGAAGUGGUACUUGCCAAUGGUACUAUUAUUCACACUGCUGGCAAGGGCCGACGUCCCAGGAAGACUUCAGCGGGGUACAACUUGACGAACCUUUUUGUUGGAUCAGAGGGCACUCUGGGAAUUAUCACUAAGGCAACUCUACGCCUCUAUGGUAUUCCAGAAGCCAUGGUGUCAGCAGUCUGCUCAUUUCCUUCAGUACAGGCUGCUGUGGAUAGCACUGUGCAGAUUCUACAAGCUGGGGUAGCCAUCGCUCGCAUUGAAUUUCUCGAUGACGUGAUGAUCAACGCAUGCAACAAGUUCAGCUCUCUGUCGUAUCCCGUUACUCCAACCCUAUUCCUGGAGUUCCAUGGUUCUGAACAGAGCCUUGCAGAACAAGUCAACACAACUGAGGAAAUCACACAGACUAAUCAUGGCUCUGAUUUUCAAUGGGCUAGAGAUGCAGAAACACGAAACCGAUUGUGGAAAGCUCGUCAUGACGCCUGGUAUGCUGCUCAGGCACUAAGACCUGGUUGCAAGGCCUAUUCUACAGAUGUCUGUGUUCCUAUUUCCCAACUGCCUCAUAUCAUUGUGGAGACAAAGGCCGACCUGAUUCAGAACAAACUUACAGGUCCCAUCGCAGGUCAUGUGGGUGAUGGGAACUUUCACUGUCUGAUGUUAGUUGAUCCCAAUGACCCAGAAGAACUGCAUAGGGUCCAUCUGUUCAGUGAAAGGUUGGCAAGACGGGCCUUGGCUAUGAAUGGUACAUGCACAGGGGAGCACGGAGUGGGUUUGGGCAAGCGAGCACUGCUCCAUGAAGAGAUGGGAUCCCUGACGAUGCAGGUCAUGCAGAGCAUCAAGGAUGAUCUUGACCCAAACAACUUAAUGAAUCCGGGGAAGGUUUUGCUGCCAAGAGAGCCUUGAAGUAUACAGUGAACCAAAUUAAAAAUCUGGGAGUAUGACAUCAGAAGAUGAAUAUAUGCAAGGGAUCAACAUUUCAGAUUUUAUUUCAAGUUAUUUACAUCUGGAUCAGAACUUAAUUAAUGAAUUAUUUAUAAUCAAUGAACUC